GAAGUUCUUGAACAGACCUUUGACAGAAUGUUGGGAUUUCUGAAGAAUCCAAUUGUGGUCACAGCGGAGAUAAAUAUGAACCUCUUGGCAUUGACUGUGAUGGGUUUAAUAAGCCGUCUCCGAGGGCUUUCCUAUCCCCGGGCUGUAGUUUUUGAUGAAGUUUAUUAUGGCCAGUUCGUUUCCCUCUACAUGAAGAGAAUCUUCUUCGUGGAUGACAGUGGCCCUCCUUUUGGCCAUAUGCUGCUGGCUUUGGGAGGUUACUUAGGGGGAUUUGAUGGAAACUUCCUAUGGAACAGAAUUGGAGCUGAAUAUAGCCUGAAUGUUCCUGUUUGGUCCUUGCGACUCCUGCCAGCACUGGCUGGUGCCCUCUGUGUGCCUUUAGCAUACCAGAUUUUGGUAGAAAUGCACUUCUCCCACUGUGCUGCACUUGGAGCUGCUCUUCUGAUUCUCCUAGAGAACUCUUUGAUCGCUCAAUCGAGGUUCAUGCUUCUGGAAUCAAUACUGAUAUUUUUUAUCCUGCUUGCAGUUUUAUGCUUCCUGAAGUUCUGCAAUUCACAGAGCUGUAGUGCCUUCUCUGGAAGCUGGUGGUUUUGGCUUCUGUUGACUGGAGUAGCUUGUUCGUGUGCAGUUGGAGUAAAAUAUAUGGGCCUGUUCACCUACAUGCUGCUUUUGGUCAUCGCAGGACUCCACUUCUGGCAUAUGAUUGGAGACCAAAAUUUGUCAAAUGUUUCCUUGAUGUGCCAUUUUCUGGCUCGGGGGCUGGCCCUCAUCCUUAUCCCAGUGACAAUGUACCUGUCCUUCUUCUAUGUUCACUUGGCUUUGCUGUACCGCUCUGGGCCUCACGACCAAAUUAUGACAAGUGCUUUCCAAGCCAGCCUAGAGGGUGGGCUAGCUCGAAUCACUCAGGGCCAACCCUUGGAGGUGGCUUAUGGCUCCCAGAUUACUCUGCGGAAUGUAUUGGGCAAACCCAUGCAGUGUUGGCUCCAUUCUCACAAGAACACUUAUCCCAUCAGGUACGAUAACGGCCGAGGCAGUUCCCACCAGCAGCAGGUGACGUGUUAUCCCUUCAAGGAUGUGAACAACUGGUGGAUUGUCAAAGAUCCAGGAAUGCAGCAGCUGGUGGUGAGUAACCCACCCCGACCCGUCAGGCACGGACACAUUGUGCAGCUGGUGCAUGGGAUCACAACGCGAUACCUCAACACGCAUGAUGUGGCUGCCCCUCUUAGCCCCCACGCCCAGGAAGUCUCCUGUUACAUUGAUUAUAACAUCUCCAUGCCAGCACAGAACCUCUGGAGAGUGGAAAUUGUAAAUCGGGAAUCUGAUACCGAUGUGUGGAAGACGAUUCUGUCAGAAGUGAGAUUUGUUCAUGUGAACACCUCUGCAGUGCUAAAGCUCAGUGGAGCAUCACUACCCGAGUGGGGGUACCGGCAGCUGGAGGUGGUUGGAGAGAAGUUGUCGAAAGGCUACCAUCAGAGCAUGGUGUGGAAUGUGGAGGAGCACAGAUACGGGAAAAGCCAAGAGCAGAAAGAAAGGGAAGUGGAGCUCCACUCUCCUACGCAGAUGGACAUCAGUAAAAACCUCAGCUUCAUGGCCAAAUUUGCAGAAUUGCAGUGGAAGAUACUAACAUUGAAAAAUGAAGAUACGGAGCAUAAAUACAGCUCCUCUGCUCUGGACUGGAUCACAAUGGAUACAAACAUUGCCUACUGGCUCCACCCAACCUCUGGGGCUCAGAUCCACCUCAUUGGGAAUAUCCUCAUCUGGGCAUCAGCUAACGUGGCUGCGCUGAUCUACGUGUGUUUGUCACUGUGGUACCUGGUGCGGCGAAGGAGAAGAAUUUACGACAUUCCCGAAGAUGCGUGGCAGCUCUGGGUGUCAGCGGGGAGGAUCUGCGUUGGCGGCUGGGCUGUGAAUUACCUGCCCUUCUUCCUGAUGGAGAAAACGGUCUACCUCCCUGCCCUCACGUUCCAGAUUCUCCUGAUUCCCGUCGUAUUACAGCACCUCAGCAAUCAUCUCUGCAGAUCUCUGCUUUCCAAAAGCAUGUUCAGCGCGUUCAUUGUGGCCUGGUUCUCCUCGGUUUAUCUUGUCUACUGCACGUUCAGCCCCGUGACCUACGGGGACCCGGCUCUGUCGGUCGCUGAGCUCCAGGAUUUGCGCUGGAAGGACAGCUGGAACAUCCUCAUCCGAAAACAGUAACAGCCUCAGUUGCACUGGUGGUUGUGUUGCAGGCAAAUGGAAAUAUCUCUUACGCAAAGCCAAGAGUUCAGUGUAU